UGUAUGUAAUGCAUGAAAUUCAAUUUACUCUCCGCUUCGCGUUCAAUUUGUCGCCCCUCCUUCUUCUUCUACCCGAUUUCUUCCAAUUUGCAGAACACACCGUCCCGUAAUCGAUACUUGGAGGCAGCACUGGACGGACUUGAGAAGCAAUUCAUGAGAUUUGGACCAAAAUGGAGGCACUGAGACUGGGCUGGGGAGUGAGGGUGAUAAUCGUGAUGGUAAUUACGGCGAUUUUCUUUCGCUGCGUCACAGCAACCAACCAUUCCGUUGGUGGAGCUUCCGGUUGGGAUCUGAAUUCCAACAUCCUGACUUGGUCUGCGGCCACCACGUUCCAAGUCGAUGACUAUCUCGUGUUUAACUAUUUGCCAGUUCACGACGUGCUGGAAGUGAACCGAACAGACUUUUCCAGUUGCCGCACCGUGAACCCAAUCAGCACUCACAGUGAUGGGAAGACAGUGAUCCGCCUGGACCAACCUGGCAGUCGGUAUUUCAUAUGCGGCCGGCUUCAGUACUGCCUCAUGGGUCUUAAGCUCCAAGUCCAAGUCCUCCAACGCUUGAGCGACGCCAACAAUUCAACGCCUAUUGGUGCUAACCAAUCUGAGCGCCUAAGUCCACGCCACCCUCCUCAUUCUUCUCCACCGUUUCCACAACACCCUCCUCCUCGUUCUCCUCCACCGUUAGAACUCCCACCAUUGCCCGACCGUCCGGAGGCGCCAUCACCCUGCAUUUGUUCCGGGGUGGGCGAGAUGAUGAUGGCAAGCGGGCCAAUGAACUGGUGUCUGGUGUUGCUCUUCAUUAUGCUUGCAACCCGUCCUUGCUUUCAUUCCUUGAUUCCAUAGGCACUGCUUCUCCUUCUCCACCAUGUUAGACCCAUUUCAGAUUUUUGUUUACCCAACCGACACUCCGAAUGCGUAGUUCCACGCAGGGUUUGUACUCCUCGGAAACUCCUGCUCUGUUCGCCGGUAUGUGAUGCAAUUCACGGCGAAUCCCCCCUUUUGCUUUGGUUAUUAACAGUGCUUACACAAAAAUAAGAGAUUCUUGGUUUGUCUGAGUAGGUUUCUUCUAAAUUUUGUGAAUGUUAAUAAUGAAAUCAAAUGUGCUUUGGUUUGGAGAUGGACGUGCAUUUUUCAGUUGCAGCUGAAAUGGCAAUGGAACAAAAUUGGGUUGUAAUUGUAUGUAGUUUUGAGAAACAUGCCUAGUUGUAGAACAAAGCAUACCAUUUUCAGUUCUUUACAAACCUAAACGAAUCCCUUCCCUUCCCCAUUCAACAACUAAUGGUAUUCAUUUGAAGUUCAAUGGAAAUGGCAACGAAAUUAUGUAUACACAUGAGAUGAUAUAAUAUCACACACAAGACAGGACAGGACAGGACAGGACAGGACAGGACAGGACAAGGAAGAUAAUUAAAGAGAAGCUUCAAACAAAAUGCACCUCCGAAAUAUACUUGGUUUUUUAAGCAUUAUUAACAUUUAACGGCUAAGUUUCUGAAACACUAAAAGCUACGUUGCAUUGCCUGCAAGAAACGCUGCUCCGAUUCUUGCCUCUGUAAGCGAAUGCUCUGGUUUACCAUUUCUAUGAAGGCCUCUGCCCGGCUCUUCAGCUCUUCCGAAGUCAACGAUACCUUUCUCCGGAACGACAGCGUUUGGUGGAACCUCUCCGACUUCCUAACCUCAUUCCGAGCCCACGCCACCGGGUCUUCCUCGUCUGCGGCGGAGUCAACGGCUGCUCUAAUUAAGCGUGCCGGUGGAGGGGAGUCCCAUGUCUGGCUCUUCUUCAGCUGCGGCGUCUGUUUCCCUUCCCUUUCCAUGAUUGCCUUCCACGUGGCGUCCAUCGAGUCACUGUCACCGCCGCCGCCACCGGCAUCUUCUUCCUCCUCCACCUUCUCGCCGGGAUAUGCACAUAACUUCCCCGAUGAUGGGUCACUGAAUUUUUCAGUGAAUAGAGUCGGGAAAUCCCAUUUCACCGGUUUCUCUUCUUCUUUUUGUUCUUCUACUUCUUUCCCCUGUUCGUCCUCGCUGGGGAUUCUAUCCCAGAUUUCUAUGGAGCCAGUGAUCGAAAAGUUCCGGUCUUCAUGCGUCCAUUUAUAGGGAGUGGAUGCAGCAACAUGAGUGUUUUCAUGAGAGAUGUAAUUAUUUUCGGAUGCGUCCUUUUGGCGACGGAAGAUGGAGGAGGCGGCGAC